CGCUCUACCUCGUCGUCGCCCGUUCUGCUUUCCCUAAUGCAGGGGGAGUGAUUUGCGGGCUUGCAGCUUCUUCAUUCCACCGCACAGCCCGUAACCCGGAGCCCGCAAAAUGCCCCAACUCAACAGCGGCGAGGAAGACGAUCUUGGAGCGAGCGAUGAAAUGAUCGCCUUUAAAGACGAAGGCGACCAGGAGGAGAAGAUCCAGGAGAAUGCCUUCACAGAGAGGGAUCUGGCAGAUCUAAAAUCUUCCCUUGUGAAUGAGUCGGAGAUCAACCCAGCAGCGAAUACCCCAGGAACAGAUCACACAGAGGCAAUCAAGCGUGUACAAGAUGCUCAGAGAGUUUAUCAGCAGAAGCUGGCAGAUCACAAGGAAGAUGGUAUUAAACACCAGGAAGAACCAAUGUAUAAAGGUUCAGGAUACUCCGGUUACCCGUUCCUUAUGCUGUCUGAUCCCUACCAUCCCAAUGGAUCUAUGUCUACACUGUCCAGUAAGGUUCCUGUGGUCCAGCCAUCGCAUGGGGUUCACCCACUCACACCUCUCAUUCCAUUCAACAACGAGCCAUUCAGUCACAGCUCCCACUCGCCACAUCUUCCUGCAGACCUCAACCAAAAACAAGGUAACCUGUCCAACAUAUUUAGAUUUUAUAAUGAAUUUGCUUCCUCUCUGCCUGUUCAGAACAGUUUAAUUUCUUACAAAGGAUCUUCAGAUU